AAUCAGCAUUUACAAUGUAAAUAUUAGACUGUUAGUAUUAUUAUUAUUACCAUGAAUGCUACCUUUAUUGGGAUUAACAAAACAUACCUGUCAAACCUGUUUUUGUUUUUUUAAACUUUGAAAUACAAAAUAUUUACUUUAAAUACCAAAUAUUUACUCUUAGUUAAUAUAACCUGAUUUGAUAUACAUUUCUUUUAUUAGCUCUUCACUGUAACAUUUGCAAGUAUUUUUUGCUACUUGGCAAAACUGGAGUGCAGUUUAACGGGAUAUUAACAAGUCAACGGUAUUUAAAUGUGUUGAACGGCUGAAAGCUUUCGUGUCCCUGGAAAGCAUUUAGUUGAUAAAACAAGCUGUUUUUUGACCAUUUCAACAUAUAAAUAUAUUAAUCCGUACCGUUCAGGGCUCAACGAUAAGGACUUUACGAUUGCCUGGGGAAACUAAAACACCACGUUGGCCGAGAAAAUCUAUCGACACAAUUGCUCCAUCGGGCGAGUGGUAAAGAAGAAGAAUGAAAUGUUUUUUUUCCAGAUCUGAUGCUAGAAGUUGCCACGGAGUGAGCCGUCUUGCUUCCUUCUGUUGAGUUUCACAUGUGCAAUUCCAAUCAGGCAGUGAAGAGAAAAUGGCUGCUGGUAAAGACAGUUGAUGAGCUGAAGUGCAGGCAAGCAGGAUGUUUGUUGGUGGCCUUAAAGGAUGUGGGUAAAACUUCAGAUUGCUUACUAAAGGAUUAAACAUGACCAAUCACGUUAGUCGUUUUAUCAUAACUGUUAAUACUUAUAUUUUUUAAAGGGGCAAUUCAAAAUUUACUUUGCAAGUAGAUUUCUGACCUUGUAGCAAGUAAACCAUUUUUUUAAAAGUAAAACUCCAUGUGUAGUUAACUAGGGAAAAUAGGAGUAUGUUUGCCCUUUUCAUGUCAAAGAAUUCACCAUUUGACAGCUUGUUUGUUAAUGAAUUAUGUGAUUUAUUUCUCAAUUUAAUUAAGGUGUCUGCCUAACACAUAAAAUGACAUCUUUAGCUUGAUGAAAGUAGGAAAUUAAUCUUUGACAUCAAAAAGUAUUUUGUUCUUAACCUUGUAAUCAAUCCAGCGAUGUCAGCAUCUACCUUGUUAUUUCACAGAGGCGUUACUUUAAGCACAGUAUUGUCACGUGUGUGUUGGGCUCUUCCUGGUGAACAAAUUGAGACGGUCACCAAGUUGCAGUUCAAAUAGUUGUCGUUGCCACGCAGAAGUCGGAAGCUGUAUUUGUUGUUUGAGCUCCUUGAAACUAUUUACAACAGAGUUGAUCAAGUUGAUCUGACUGCACCACGCGUAUCGAUCUGAUGAUGCCAUGACCGAGAUGAAAAUGGACCAUUUCGUUGCGACACCUCCAACAGAUGACCUCUGGCGGCCUCUUUUACACACUUAUUGUCAAAUGCUCCUAAUCCUGCGCCAAAGAGGAGAAAAAAUGACGACUGAACUAUGACUUUAUAGACUGAACUUAAUGCAUGUUUCUGCUGUGAAAUGUAAAUUAUUGGCUGUAGAGGUCCAGACCCCGUUGCAAUGAGAAUGACAUGUUUUUUUUCUUCUUUUCUUCAUAAUUGUUCGUAAAGAUCGUGUUAUUUCAAUAACCGGUGUGGUGGGACACGAGCAGUGGGUGGGAUAUCGCUGUGGAGUGGGUGGGUAGUUCCACAGAUAUGCAAGAAAGAAAGCCCACUUUACGAGCUUUACGCACGGGGCGGGCCUUUCAUUCAUGCGAGUUGGGGGUGUAGGCCACUCAGUCAAAGACAAUCAAAGAUGUUUGAGUUUCCAUGCGCAGUGACCAGGGAGGUAAAGCGCACAGCCGUUUUACCCCUCCUCCAGUUCUAGCUCCGAUCUCUCCGGCCUCCGAACAACACUGGCUUUUAAAUCACAUUUGAUUAGAGGAAUCUGUUUUUUCCGAUUAAAAAAGGAAAGUGGUCAUGCGAUGCGAUUUAUUUCUGCCGGAGGGAAGAAGGAAAAACUAGAUACGACCUGUUGGCGAUGAUGGAUUACUCAAAGGCGCAAAUGUCAAACUUAUCCGAGGAGGGCAGUUCAGCUGGGUGUCCACAGUCCAGUAAUGCCGGAGUGAAGCUGGAGGCGGUAAUGAAGCAGCUGCAGAGACAACAUGGGGCCAAACUGGAGAUGAACCUGCAAGAGAAACAUCUUCACGCCCAGGUCCUGUUUGCUCAACGCGCUGCUGCAGCCAGAGCAUCUGGCUCCAAACUAGAAUCCACAUUAUAUGGCAAAGCAGAUGGACUGACUUAUCAAGCAUCUCAACACACUUUGAACAGCCAUCUCAGCAGAAUAGAUCCAGAUGAGGAAGAUGAAGACUAUGAUGAGGAGGAGCAGGAAAUGGUGGAGCCUGAAGAGAACGACGAGGUGGAGGAAAACGAUGAGGAGGAGGAGGAGGAGGCCGUGGGGGACGGGCCUCAUCAGCAAGUGAAGAAGCCUGGACUCCAGCCGGUUGUAGGCUUCCCUUUCGCUUCGUACUCCCCACCUCACUCAUCUUCUGUGAAGCAAAUGUCAGAAUCUCCGCCUUUAGCAAUAAAACAGGAGCGGGAGGAGAAAGAGCUUCUGUCUCCUGCAGGCCAACACAACUUCACGUCACCCAAUGGCUUCGCUGACUGGGGAUAUGAUGAGCCACUGAAACAAAGAGGAAAUGCCAUCUGGGCUGAGGAAAAUGACGGAGGAAAAAUGAAAGGAGAGCCAUCCAGGGACUUUGCCAAGCUAUAUGAACUAGAUAAUGACGCACAACGGAAGGAGUUCCUUGAUGAACUCUUCGUCUUUAUGCAGAAACGAGGAACUCCUGUGAACCGCAUCCCCAUCAUGGCAAAGCAGGUGCUUGACCUGUACAGGCUUUAUAAGCUUGUGACAGAGAAGGGAGGCCUGGUGGAGGUUAUUAACAAGAAGAUCUGGAGGGAGAUUACCAAAGGUCUCAACCUCCCCACAUCCAUCACCAGCGCAGCCUUCACUCUCCGCACCCAAUAUAUGAAGUACCUUUACCCGUUUGAGUGUGAGAAGAAGGGUCUGAGUUCUCCAGGAGAGCUGCAAGCUGCCAUUGACAGUAAUCGCAGAGAAGGUCGACGUCCCAGCUACACCAACAGCUUGUACCGCUACUCCUCCUCCCCGAGCUCCGCUUCACAUGGCCUGCUCUCUUCACCCACCAUGCAACCAACCCCGACCGGAUACAACGGCCUGAAUACAUCCGCUAGCCCAAAUCUGAAGAGAAAUGCAGAUGAGAUGUCAACCCCUGUAUUACCCAGCCGGCUGCCCAUGGCUCUGGCUCUGGGGCAGCAGCAGCAGCUGGCACAAGCAGUCACGUUGGAGCAUUUCAGAGAUAGACUGGAGCGAGGAGCCGGAGGAGCCGGAGGAGCCGGAGGAGCUGCAGCCGAUGGUCCAGAGAAGAAAAUGAUGCGGAUGGCUGAGGAGCAGCAACGCUUCAUGCAGCAGGCCCUCCAACAAAAUCUCCUGGCCUUUGCGUCUCACUUCAACCCCAUGAACCUCAAACUUAACAAUGGACAUGAGAGCAAACAGGAUUUGUCUCUGAGUAUCUCCACGAAUGGAGCAGCCAGUAUCGGUGUAUCUGUGGAGGUCAACGGCACUGUUUACUCAGGAAAGCUGUUUGCCCAGAAGUCAGCUGCUGCUGUGGCGUCACAGAACGUAACUCUGGCAGGAACCAAUGGUUUCAGUGCCAUGUCCUCUUCACACAGUCCCUCCUCUUCAUCCUCCUCCUCCUCCUCCUCCUCCUCCUCCUCCAAGGGACCACAUUAAGCCUCACUGGUCUUUAAAUCUGUCCUCAAUAAUUAAUAAUACAUUUGCAAUAUGCAUACUUGUCAGGCAGGGACUAUGUAAACUAUACUUCUGUUUGCUUGUGCACCUCUACUUGUACAAGUUGACCUCCUGUUUGUUCACUCAAGCAGUGCAGUCUUUUUUGUGAAUCUCAGUCGUACCACAUGAGGACAUUUAGCGUUUUGUUUUUCCAUUUGGACAACGUAAUGUGCUUUAAAUGAGUCUCGUCAAGGGGACGUUGAUAUUUUACCUGAAAGGCUUACACAUUUACCAUAAUAUAGAUUCAGAUCAUACUUACCUUUGUGCCUUUUAGAAGCUUUUCUGUUUUAAAAUGUAGCGGCAUUCAUGUCUAAAGGGCUUUACAAGGUUUGUUCAGAAGUGUCUAUUCAGACUUGUUGGGUGUCAACUGCAUUUAUAGCAAAUUAUCAAACUGUUUUUUUAGCUGCCUUUUUUCACAGUAGAGCAGUUUGGUUGCCAAAAGUGCAGCUAACGAAGACCAAAAAGCCUUAGCUCCAUGUCAUAGCUUCUGUCUAUAACUAUGUCUCUGAAGCUAUUUUAUAUCCCUCUUAGUAAACAUUUGAGUGAAAGCUCAUACUUUAUACUUUCCAUAGCAACUUUCAGGGAUUAUGUACGCCAUCGGUUUCCUUUUAGAAUUAGAUAAAUUUGCUCCAGGUUGGUUGGAUUUAUGUUUUGUAUUCUGUUUCAUUUAACUCUUAUUUAAUCAUUUGGCUUGGCCUCAAACUUACAUAAUCUUUAUUUCAAGUCAGCUAUGACUUGAAAAAGGCAAAAAAUUGGAGACAAGAUUUUUUGCUAGGAAUUGUAUGUCGGAUGGAAGUGAUUCAACGUUUACCUCAAUUGACUUCCCAUGUUGGUAAGUUUCUCCAGAAUUUAUUCUGGAUUCAGGAAUGUCCUCUGGACUCAUCAUUGUUUAACUGUAUCUCAUUAUAUAUUGCAGUGUUGUAUUUGCAUAAACAGAGAAUGUAUCACUAAUGACCUCAAGCUUUUGACAAGUGAACACUGAAACAGUUCUACCUCACUCUUCUGGAGAAAUAUGCAAUACUUAAUGCAGCAUGUGUUGGUUAAGCCAUCUGCUCAAAUAUACUGUAUGUGGACAAUCAAGUAGACAUAUCAAUCAUGCAAACAAAUGUCACUGAACUUGGACAUGUGGUCAUGAAGAAUAAAACAAUAUUGUGUGCUGUAGAGAGACAGUUUUUUUACCUUUGUGAACCCCUCAAGGCUUUUGCCUUCAUGAAGAUAAGUAAGAUCAUAAUGUGCCAAAACAAGUUAGCUGUAUUUUCAUGUGGCAUGCAAACAAUCAUGUUCAUAUUAGUUUUUUUUAUUGUCUUUGUAUAGUUAUGUUUAGCUUUGAACAAAUCCCUAAUAAUAAGCAAGUAAACAUUUUAUACAAUGUGUGAAUAAC